CUUCGUUUCUCAAUUAAUAUGUAUGCUACCAUGAAUGUUGAAGAAGUCGAGAAGUUUCAGAUACAUGAGUCAACAUUUGCUGGUGCAAUACUCAUGUCUAAUCGUGAAACAAAACUAGAGUGUCUCCAAAGAAAACUUUUUGGACUUCCCUCAUCAAAGUCUAAGUUCAUAAAGCAAAUCAAGACUGGAAUGUUGUUGUUUCUAUUUGAGCAUGAAGAAAGAAAACUUUAUGGGGUUUUUGAAGCAACUUCUGAUGGUGCGUUGAAUAUUGAGCCUAAUGCAUUUCUUUCAUCAGGAAAAUUCUUCCCCGCUCAGGUUCUUUUCAAAAGGGUCUGGAUGUGCAAGCCAUUAUCUGAAGACGAGUUUUAUGAUGCUAUCAAAGAUAACUAUUAUACGCAAAACAAGUUCCACUUUGGUUUGUCACAUGACCAGGUUUUCAAGCUCGUUCAAUUCUUUCAUGAAAAGAGAAUAAAUGUCAAGCAGUAUCGUAAACCAGGAAUACCUAAUGAAAUCAUUAAGCAUUUUGAGGAAAAUCUUGAGUGUAAGUUUAGGGUAACUGGAUGUGAUGUGUCUCAGAAGCUUGAAUCAGAUGAAUAUAGCGGGGAUGAUGGUAGAGAUUCUCAAAGUUAUCUUGGGUUAUCCGGAUCCAAUACCAAUAGGUCAAAGUCCUCUCAGAAAUUAACUAGAAAACAGCUUUCUUUCGUUGAUGAUGGACGCGGAUUAUACCAAAUGGAUCCUGCCAUUGGAGCAAAAUCACACGGUUGGUCACAUUAUGAAUCAAAGCCAUCCUACUUGAAGCGUUCAACUUCUCCAAAUGAUCCUCGUAGUAGUAAUAACUUUGCUAAAUGUCUGAUGUAUGACCAUCGUGAUUAUCAUGGUCCUCAAGGUUCUGGACGUGAAAUUACCUAUUCUACACUAGGCAUCGACAAGUCACUCUUGCCUCAAGAGCCUAUUAGUGAUGUAAACUCUACUAUGGAUAUGCAAUCUCAUCAAUUUAAUAGUCAAUUGCCUUCAACACAUUUAGGUCCUAGUCCCUUGUAUCUCCGUCCUCCGAAUUUGAUGGGAUCAUCUUUUCCAAUUUGUAAUCCCCCUAAUGCCAGUUUAUCUUGUGUACAUUCUGAAGGUCUUUUCAAUUUCCAUGACUACAAGCAUGUAUCCCACAGUGAACGAUAUGACCCUUCCAACCCUAGGAUUUCAUUUCCUUCAGGAAUUCUUAUGUCAAAAGGAAAUGAAAUGUUGUCAUCAGUGCAUCCAACCAAUUCUCAUGGUUACACUGAAGCAUCGGGAGAGGAAUUUGAGCUUGGAGGACAAUCUUGUGGCAAUGUAAAUUCUCCUGACUACAUUCCUUUUCCAGUCUCCAAUUGUUUCAAUAAGAAUUUGGCGUCUUCCUACUCAAACAGUUCCUGGAAGGAUACAUCUAAUAUAUAUUCUUCAGAAUCCACGGAAGAUGAUGACUCAGAAGGGAUUAAACCUUAUCUAGCAUCUCGCGGUGAAGCACGUUAUCCAAAAUUCAAAAAGUCCAGGCUCCGGUCAGACACUGAGCAAAGUAGAACCAGCGUGUUUUCUCGCUUGACUAAGGUUUCGGAUACCCGUCGUCUGUCUGGGUUCCACUUGUCAAAGGCUCCACAAGCCCGCCAUUUAUCCAAGCGUCAGAAAGCAUUUAAGUAUGGAACUCAGGAGCCAGUGGUGAGUCCCUCACAAGAUUAUCAUGCAACAAGUUUAUCCCAGAGGGAAGAGCAAUUAAUUGAGGUGACAGAAGUAUCCAAACAACGCGACAAAUUUGACGAUGAUGAAAUGUUUGCCCCCCCAGCUGCUAGGGAAGGAAACAUGAGAACUUCUGGGAAAUUAGAAAUCAGCAAUGAUGAAAUCAAUGAAGAGGCGAUCACUGAAAAUGAAAUUGAGAAAAGUGAACAUUUGUUUUUGAAUUUUAAGCGCAGGAGUGAAAUUCGAAGGCUGUCUUGUGAAAAUAGAUCUAAUCGUUUUUCCGACGAUGGUCUGGAUGAGGAAACUCCACAAAAGUGCAAGAGAAGAAAGCUGUUACGACCUUCCUUCAGUCAGGAAGAGCACCAAGAUUUUCAAGCCGCUACUCGAGAAACUGUUGGAUUUAAGACGGUGAUUGAAAAUAGUGAAUUAUCUCCUCUGAACCAUUUACAUACCAAAAACAAAAAAAGUCCAGCUUCUGUAACUGAUGUUCAUGAUGUUGAAGUCGCAUUAGAGAAAAGGGAUUACACUUCUGAAGCCUCAAGGGCUACACAAGUAGAUUCUGAGAAGAAAAAGCGUGCAGCUGCUGAAGGGUUUCUUGGUGAUGGCAUAUCAGAUAAAAUGGAUAAAGCUUCUGAAGUCCAAAGGAACACCCAAUUUGAUGUCGAGAACAAAAAACAUCCAGCUUCUGUAAUUGAUCUUAAUGUUGUUGCAUCAGAGAAAAGGUAUAAAAGUUCUGAAGCCUUAAGGACUACUCAAUUAAUUGCUGAGAAGAAAAACCAUGCAGCUGCUGAAGGUGGUCUUGGUGAUCUUGCAUCAGAUAAAACAGAUAUAACUUCUGAAACCUUUAGGAGUACCAAAUUAGACGUUGACUACAAAAACCAUCCAGCUGCAGAAGGUGGUUUUGGUGAUGUUGCAUCAGACAAAACUUCUGAAGCCUUAAGGAAUACCCAUUUCGAUGCUGAGAAAAAAAACUAUACAACUGCUGAAGGUGGUCUUGGUAAUGUUGUUUCUUAUAAAAAAGAAAAUUGUUCUGAAAGCUUAACGGCUCACAAGAAAGAAGUCUCUAAUAGAAAUCUACGGUGGUUUUUGAAAAAAUCUGUUGGCGGCAGUUCGAAAGAGUCAAAUGGAAGGCAAGUAAAUGAGAAGAUAAAAGAUGAAAAUCACACGGUUACUGAAGCUCCCGACUUGCUGGCUGAUAGCAAGCACGGAGAUUAAGAAACUAAAGCUAUCCGGAAAGAAACUUUUGUUGUCCUACAUUAAUGAACUGCUGCUUUUUGGAAACUUUUGCUACUGCUGAAACUGGGUUAGAUUACUCAAGCAAUAGUAUUAUGCCACCCAUAAUAUUAGCUUACACUAUAUUUCUCAGCCAGUCCAUUAUCUCAAACAACACGCAUCAGGAUAGUUUGAUCUUUUCACUCUUUACAGCUAAACACAUGCUCAUUGAUCAAUCAUUUUGGUGGCUUGUCGGAUAU